AUGGGCUCAGCAGCACCCACAAAAACCUACGACGUUUUGAUCAUUGGAGCCGGUCCCGCGGGCUUAUCUGCAGCGCUUGGCCUGGCUCGUCAAUGCUAUUCAGCGCUUGUCUUCGAUUCCAGCAAGUAUCGCAACGCUCCAGCAGACCACAUACAUAACAUCAUCACAUGGGACCACCGCAACCCAGCCGACUUCCGAGCAGCCGGAAGAGCGAACAUCCUGUCAAGAUAUCCGAGCAUCUCAUUCCGCGAUGCCGAAGUCACUUCCGCCGCGAAGCUUGACGACGGUAGCUUUGAGCUCACGGAUGCCAGCCAGGAGACCUAUCGCGGCAAGGUUUUGAUGCUGGCCAGUGGCGUUACGGAUGUGAUGCUACCCAUUCCUGGCUAUACGGAGCUUUGGGGCAAGAGCAUCUUCCAUUGCCUUUUUUGCCAUGGCUUUGAAGAGAAAGGGGCUACCAACGCCGGUGUCCUUGCCGCGGGACUCAUCAACCAACCGUCAAUGAUACUCCACAUGGCCCGUAUGGCUACGAAUCUGGUCAAGGAUGUUACUGUCUACUGUGAUGGUGAUCAAGAGGUGGCCACCACCAUGCAGGAGGCUUUCAAGGGGAAGCCUUUGACCAUUGAAGGUAAGAAGAUCGUCAAACUCGAGAAGGGUGCGACCGACGAGGAUGUAACGGUACAUCUCGAAGGCGGUGAGGUACGAAAAGAGAGGUUUCUGGUUUCUGUCCCGACGACCAUGAACAACGGAUCUUUUGUCAAAGAUUUGAAUCUAGAGACCGAGCCCUUUGGCUUCAUCAAGGUGACGCCGCCCUUCAACGAGACUAGCGUGCCUGGUGUAUUUGCCAUUGGCGAUUGUGCUACUAUGAUGAAGGCGGCACCGAAUGCAAUCAACAUGGGUUCUUUUGGAGCUGCGGGAGCCGUGGCGAAGCUUGCAUCGAUGGGAAAGUUGUAG